GCUUUAGGUUCGGUAGAUCACUGAGCUGACGAGACAAACUGCUGCAGAUCAGUAAGUAACAAACUGGUGUUUGGCUUCUUGUGGGACACAUCUACAGGAAGAAAAAAAUCAGUGUUGUUGAGAAGGGAAAUGGAUCAAAGAGGAAAUCAGAUGGAUUCAAGUAAAUAUUCUUGUUCGAUCUGUUUGGAUCUUCUGAGGGAUCCGGUGACUAUUCCCUGUGGACAUAGUUACUGUAUGAAUUGUAUUAAAGACUUCUGGGAUGGAGAAGAUCAGAGGAGGAUCCACAGCUGCCCUCAGUGUAGACAAAUGUUUGUAUCAAGACCCAUUCUGGUGAAAAACAUCAUGUUAGCAGAUUUAGUGGAGGAGCUGAAGAAAACUGGGGUCCAAGCUGCUGCAGCUGAUCACUGCUAUGCUGGACCUGAAGAUGUGGCCUGUGAUGUCUGCACUGGGAGGAAGAUGAAAGCUGUCAAAUCGUGUCUUGUCUGUCUAGUUACUUACUGUGAGAAUCACCUCCAACCUCACUAUGAUGUGCCUGUAAUGAAGAAACACAAGCUGGUGGAUCCCUCCAAGAAGCUGCAGGAGAACAUCUGCUCUCGUCAUGAUGAGGUGAUGAAGAUCUUCUGUCGUACUGAUCAGCAGUGUAUCUGUUAUCUCUGCACUAUGGAUGAACAUAAAGGCCAUGAAACAGUCCCAGCUGCAGCAGAAAGGGCUGAGAAGCAGAAGGAGCUCCAGGAAAGUCGACAACAAAUCCAUCAGAAAAUCCAGGACCAAGAGAAAGAUGUGAAGCUGCUUCAACAGGAGAUGGAGGCCAUCAAUGUCUCUGCUGAUAAAGCAGUGGAGGACAGUGAGGAGAUCUUCACUGAGUUGAUCCGUCUCCUCCAGAAAAGAAGCUCUGAUGUGAAGCAGCAGAUCAGAUCCCAGCAGGAAACUGAAGUGAGUCGAGUCAAAGAUGUUCAGGAGAAGCUGGAGCAGGAGAUCAGUGAGCUGAAGAGGAAAGACGCUGAGCUGGAGCAGCUCUCACACACAGAGGAUCACAACCAGUUUCUCCUCAACUACCCCUCACUGCCAGCACUCAGGGAGUCGACACACUCAUCCAGCAUCAAUAAACAUCCUCUGAGACACUUUGAGGACGUGACAGCAGCUGUGUCAGAGCUCAGAGACAAACUACAGGACGUCCUGAGAGACACAUGGAUAAACAUUGAACUGGCAGUCAAUGAGGUGGAUGUUCUACUAUCAGAACCAGAACCAAAGACCAGAGAUGGAUUCUUAAAAUAUUCACAAGAAAUCACUCUGGAUCCUAACACAGCAAACACAAAGCUAUUGUUAUCUGAGGGGAACAAAAAAGUAACAUUAAUUGAACAGCAACAGUCUUAUCCUGAUCAUCCAGACAGAUUCACUGAUUAUAACCAGGUUCUGAGUAGAGAGAGUCUGACUGGACGUUGUUACUUUGAGGUGGAAUGGAGAGGAAGAGGAGUUUAUGUAGCAGUUUCAUACAAGAACAUCAGCAGAGCAGGAAAGUCAACUGCAGCCAUGCUAGGAUUUAACAGCAAAUCUUGGGCAUUGCGUUGUGACACCAACAGUUACAUGUUUUAUAACAACAAUAUCAAACUUCGAGUACCAGGUCCAGUUUCCUCCAGAAUAGGAGUGUACCUGGACCACAGAGCAGGUAUUCUGUGUUUCUACAGCGUCUCUAAAACCAUGACUCUGAUCCACAGAGUCCAGACCAGAUUCACUCAGCCGCUACAUGUUGGGAUUUGGCUUUUAGAUGUUGGGGUAUCUGCUGAGUUUAUUAAAGUUAAAUAGAGUUACAGUAGUGGAAGGAGGCUGGUUGAUUUUCUGCUGUGAAUACAACAGCUUUGUUUUUUUUCUCUAAAGAACAAGAAUAUUUUACAAAAUAUAGACUAUGAAAAUAGAAUAAAGAUUAUGCUAUUGCCAGAACUUCAUACUUAUAUCUUUUGACUAAAACAUUUGUAAUUGUGUUUAAACAUAAAAAAAUGUAUUGCAGUGAAGAAGACUGAUAUAAUAUAGCAAUAUAGCAACUUUCUUGCUAUAUUGAGCGAAGUUCUAGCCAAAAAAAUUGUAAUGGCCAAAAUUGGAUUCAGUAAGUUAGGCUUCUAAAAAGAUUGGUAAUCGGUGAUUGGCCAGAAAACUGCAAUUGGUGCACCCCUACCCUGUUGUCUAUUUACCUCAUGUUAAGCUUCUUAUUGUAUCCUCAGAUGUUUAUAAACAUAAAAAUGACAAGAUGUGGGUUGUAAACAUGUGUUCAUUUUGAGUUAGUUGUAUUUAUACAUUUAAAUGAGGUAUAUAAAAACAACAAGACUUUUGAAAGAAUAAUACGGGUCCAAAUGUAGACAUGACUACUUGAAAAUAUUUCAUUUCUUUGAAUUGUGGAUUUGUUCUUAAUAAUUUAAUAAUUUGGGUCCUUAAGUUGCAAAAUUGCAGCUAACAUUUUGUAUUGAAAAAGCACUGAAUCUAUGGACGCUUUAUGUUUUAUUGAGAACUGUACAUUUGAAAAUAUCUUGAUAAUGUUUUAAUUG